CACAAGUCUUGAGUCGUUGAUGCUGCAGGGAAAAACAGAGUAUGAUAUUUCUUGAGGAAUUAGGAAGAUGUGCUACAACAAGCGAGACAUGCCCGAAUUGUGGACAACCUACAAACGCAUCCUUUUCAAGGCUUGUAAAAGAUAGUUGUGGCCACACCAAGUGCCGAAUGUGCUUGCUAUACGAGGAGCAUGGAUGUAAAAUCUGUGAAACUCAACACUAUGUUCAAAGAGAAGAAGAACCAUGCAUUGUGAACAAAGAACAAAGUGAUACACGAAUAUUAUCGCAUGAAGUGGUAUUGCCAUUAGAAUUAGUCAUCAACAAGGAUUCCAAAUCUAAGGAAAAUCAUUCGGAUUCAAACUUUGCCGAAUACGGAUCGUCGAGUCUCUAUGAGAACAUCACUUUUGACAACAACGAAGGAACUUAUGGAUCUGUAGCAGUCACCAAUGACGCAGUCACUAAUGACACAGUCAUUAAUCACACAGUCACUAAUGAUAAUUCCAGCGAAACAUACAUUCCAAGACUAGAAUCUUAUAAUGUAGCAUUGAACAUUGAGAAUCAUUUGAGAAAUGACAAUGAUCAUGAUUCGCAGAAUUUGCAGAAUCAAUAUGAAAAAAAUGCAAAAACGAAAAAUAGUGAGAAGGAGGUUGUGGAAAAAAACAAAAACAAACGUCGUAAUCGUAGUCAUAUAACAAUACUAUCUGGUACACCAGAAAGAUACAAGUGCAACAUAUGUGAUAAGAUUUUUCGCAAUAAGAAGGGCAAAUGUUAUCAUGAUGCCUGUGUAACAGGUAUCAAACCUUAUCAAUGUACCUUAUGCGACAAGAGCUUCGUGAAACGCUCUCAUUUCGAAUAUCAUGAGAGAGUCCAUAGAGGAUAUAAGCCAUACAAGUGCAAUCUCUGUGACAAGGCUUUUCCUCAGCAGAAUAAGCUCAACAGACAUAUGUUUUCUCAUAGCAAGGAGAAGCAAUUUCCAUGUUCCGAAUGUAAUAAACGAUAUAGCAAAAAGGACGAUUUAAAAAAUCAUUUAAGCAUACACAAUUCGACGGCUAUAUAUAAAUGCAAGUCCUGCGACAAAUCUUUCCGCAUAUUAACUAAUCUGAAACGCCACAUGCAAACGCAUUCAAGCGAACGGCCGCACAGGUGCGAUCAGUGCAACAAGAGUUUCAAAGAAAAAUCUUUAUUAAUACGGCACAAACGGAUCCAUGGAAAAGAAAGGCCAUUCUCCUGUGCUCACUGUAACAAAGUUUUCUUGUCAAAGAGCGAAUUAAGACGGCACUUACCUGUGCAUUCAGACGAAAAACCGUUUUCCUGCGAGUACUGCCAGACACUAUUUAGACGUAAGGACAACUUGAAUCGACACAUCAGGCACCAUCAUACCGAAGAUAAUUGCGAGAUAAGCAAAACGCCAGUUGAAGCGGACCCAUCUUGUUCGGUGAAGAAUAAUCAACAUCGGCAGAAACAGAAGUCGAAGAAGACACAGUCGAAGAAUACUGGUAAAAUAGUCACGACAAUCGCGAGCUCUCAUGAUCAGAUCAACUCACGGCUCGAUUCCAUGGGCAAUAUCACGCCUGUAAUAAAAGCUACCAGUGAAGUGAGUAACGCAGUACCAGUGAUCAACGGACCCAUCAACAUCAGAAAGCUGGAGGACAAGACCGAUAGGAAGAUAUUUACAUAUACAGAACCGAUUCCGAUCGCUGAAGCAGUGGUGCUUAACUGUCGAAUCGAGGAGAAAUUGUAUCCACAAAGUGCCAGCAGCCACAAUUACUUUGUGCAAAACUAUCUUAAGGACAAGAACUCCAAAGUGAAUUCGUAUCCUAACAAUAAACCAACGCCGCAAGAAAAUCACAAUUCUACGUCCUCGCAAAUUGAGGCACUUCUUCCAAGAGUGACAGUGGAUCAAAGAAAUUCCACGACUGAUGUUUACAAUAAAGGAAUCAGAUGCGAAGAAGAAAAGGACAACCAUAGUGAAAACGAGAAUGAAAAGCAUUCCAAAAAAAGAAGGAAUUUCAACGAUCACGAGGAUUCUGACCAAGAAUCGAUUUCUUUUCAAGAAUCUAACUGCGUUUCUACAAUUAAGAAGCAUACUAUACAGUCGAAAGAAUGUCCAAAUGUAAAUUCAACGAAUAAUAGUAGUUUGGAUACAACAACGAAUCAUACACUGCCACAGGAUUCUCAGAACAAUUGCGGAAAGAAACAAAACGACAUGCAUUGGAGACGCAGAAUUGCGGAGACACUGAAACAAUAUUGAUCUUACACAAAUCGGUUCAUUUGAAUGCUACAG